GUUCACUUUGGCAGCAUUGAAUUCUAGCUGCGGAUACGGAUCUUGUCCUCACUUCACUUGCAGCUUCAACACCUGCCGGCAACACCGAAACAGACUUGUCACAUUUUCACUCUUCACCUUAAUACCUGCUAGCUCCACGGCUUCUCACAGACGUCCCACGUACCUCAACAGCUUGAGCUUCCCACCCACAUUGGCCGCUGAUACUUGCUGGUUGCUCUGUCAGAUACCUCAAGCAAACACUCACGCAUACCAACCAGCACGACGUGCAAGAUGGUCAACUGGAGGCAAGCUUCCUUCUCCGGUUGCUUCACUGUUGCUACUGAAGCCAUGUCUAACACCUCUUUAGUGCGGAGAUGGACCAGCGCUUGCUCAUCCGUAAGCCGACCCACCGACUGACUUGCGUACUUUGAGCUGAUGAGAUCGAAUCAAGUGGCUCUCGACGCUGGAAUGAUUGACAAAGCCAAGCUAUCGAAGGCGUGGGUGAAUAAAUAUGGUGGUGACCUGACGGCCGGCGCAGUCAGCCAGCAUCUUACCAAGCUGAAGGCUAGACUCGGCGGUGACGGCACUAGUACUCCACGCAAGAGUACGGUCGGUAUGCCAAGCUCGAAGACCCCAAAGACACCGAACACCUCCGGGAAGCGCAAGAAAGCCAUGAGCGACGAGGAUGACACUGGGGACGAGCCUUUGGCUCGUAAGACUUCGGUCAGACGCAGCAAGACGCCGAAGGUGUACAGGGAGCCGCAGUUGGAUGAGGACGCUGACGCAUUCGGAGACGCGCAGGAAGAAGCAUCGAGAGGCGAGGCAAAGUCGGCCACUCCCCAAGACUCCGUUCAGGGUCACGACCUCGACUCCAUGAGCGAGAUCUCGAACUUCGACCCAGACACGUUUACUUAAGGAAGUGGCGCGGAGGCUAGGCAGAUGGCACUGGUUGUUCUCUCUGCAGCGUGAUGCGCUUGGAAUGAUGACGAUAAGCGUUGAUACAGCUGGAAAAUAUAACUGAGGGCCAGGCAGAGAGCAUUCUGUGUGUGCUGAAUCCACAAAGCGUGAAGCUGCUUGGCCACGGUUGUCAACGUUAUAGCUAUUACGGUCACUCACCCAUCCUGAAAUGUC